GUCCUCCCCCUGCGGCCUCGGCCACCUCCUCGCCUUCCUGCUUCACUCCGCCCCUCACGCAAUCAGCGGGGAACCCCAAACCCUAAUCCCUUACCCUCCGCGCCGCCGGAGCCGGACGUAGGGGAGCCCGGUCCUCAGGGUUCUGCGUCGAUCUCUAGUAUCUAGGGUUCUCAGAUGGGUGAUCACAAGGAGGUAUUCCGCUCCCUGCAAGAACUCUUCCCUCAGGUUGAUCAUCGUAUACUGAAGGCUAUCGCCAUUGAGCACCAUAAAGAUGUUGAUUCUGCGGUGGUUGCUGUCCUUGAUGAGGUCAUGCCGUCCAUGACCGAUUCGGCUGGAGCUUUGUCAGCUGAUCAUGAUGUCUUGCCAUCUUUCGCUGGUUCUGUUGGGAAUGUGUUUGCUAAUCACAGCACGCAUGAAGUGGGAAGUUCAUCAUCUGCCGGACAUGAUAUACGUGUCAAUGAGGUUGAUGGAAGUGUUCACUCUGGACAAGACACUUCUUCCGUGGAGGUCACAAGUGGCACGCAAGAAAACAUAGACAGUGAACUACAUGAGGGGAGACUUACAUCAAUCCAUGGGAUGAGUGAACAACUAGAUCAACAUUCUGAUCCUAUCCCAAAUGGUAAUCAACAUGAUUUGAUUCCCAACCUUGAUGCGGUAUCUUCAAAUACUAGGCCAGAGAGAAAGUUGGCUAACUCAGAUACUGAAGUUGGAUAUGGUGUAUUAUCUAGUGCAUGUUUUUCUCAACUAUCGACAGGGGCAAACUGUGGUGACAGCAUAAGUAGUGAAGCUCCACAGCUCCACGAUCAAGAUUCUAGUAACAUUCCAGUUGGGGAUUGCUUUCCCCAGAAAAAUUCGUUGAAGAUGUUUAGUGGUUACGAGGACAUAAAUUUUGAUGAUGAUUUGUUCUUUUCGGACCUUUUGGCCUUUUCUUCUAAUGAUCAAGUAUCUUCUGGAAUUCUGAUUACUGGAAAGGAUUCGUUUUCACCCGUGCUGGAUGUUCCCAGUCCAGAUAAAGAAGGAUCCUCUACUGGGACUUCUGGAGUUAUAGAACAGAAGAAUACCAGCAAUUCUGGCACUGACUGUGACAAGCAGCUUUCAGGGGAUAUACUUGAGAAUGAUGACAUUCUCUUGUCUUCUAAGACGGAUAUGCUUCCCGAUCUUAAUUUGAAUCACUUUGCUUCUACAUCUUCAACUCAUUCAAGCCAUUCUGUUAGUAUUGAGUGUCUUGAGGAUUGUAUUGCUGAUGCCAGAAGCAAUAAGAAUGAUCUGUUACCUUCUCUGGAGUUGGUUACAAAAAUGAUAGAGGAUGUUGAGCUUCUUGAAGAAAAGGCUAAAGUAGCAAAGCAUGAGUCAUCUGUUGCUGGGACAGGCAUUCUGACAAAAGUUGAGGAGCUUAAAGAAAUGCUAACUCAUGCAAAGGAAGCAAAUGAUAUGCAUGCUAGUGAGGUUUGUGGUGAGAAAGCUAUUUUAACCACAGAGGCACGUGAGCUUCAAUCACGACUUCAGAGGCUUUCAGAUGAGAGGAAUAAAAAUCUGGUGAUAAUUGAACAGAUACGCCAAACCCUUGAUGAAAGAUUGGUUGCUGCACAACAAGAAAUUGUGGAAGCUGAGAAAGAAAAGAUUGAAAAAGAGGCUGCUGCUCAGGCACUACUUGAUGAACAAGAAAAGAUGAUGAAUUCUAUUGUUGAGGAAUCGAGAAGGUUGCAAAAAGAAGCAGAGGAGAACUUGAAGUUGAAGGAAUUCUUGGUUGAGCGGGGCCAAAUUGUUGAUAUGCUGCAAGGUGAGAUUGCUGUUAUCUGUGAGGAUGUCUCACUACUCAAGCGAGUGGUGGACGAGCGCCUAUCAUUGAGCAAGCUGCAGCGUUCCACGAUGUCAAGCCUCUCUUCUUCAUUGCAUUCCUCUCUUCACAAGAGUUGUAGUUCCUCAGAUAGGACUACUGAAGCAGUCGAGUCUCCAGAUAAGCACACUGUCCCAGUAGCUGCAAGUCCAGUGGCUAGAGAUCUGAAUGACAACCCAAGCACCGUGGAAGUUUCGGAUGGCAAUGACACUACCGAUAAAGGCAUUUGCAAGCGAGUGGAUUCCAGCGAGGACGCCGAUGGCUGGGAGAUUUGCUGAAGAUGUUCAAGGAUAACAAAGUUGCCGGAGCUUCUUGAAGGAUAGAAAAUAUAAAUAACAAUAAUGAUGUAUAAACGUUAUAUUUGCUAUAGUACUAAUUUAGUCGCUUUCAUAUGAAUGGAGGAACUAUCAUGGAAUAGCUUUUGUACUUCGGUGAGCCAGUGAGGCCAAUGGCUUGCAGCAGCAGUAUGCGAGAUGAGUCCUGCUGCUGGGCCUUAUUGUAUAUACAGAUGAAGAUUUUAGCUUAUAAACAUAUACUCUAAGAUAGCUUCCCCUGCCGCAACCUCGCUAUAUUUUGCUCUAUGUACGGAAAUAUAUUUCUCAGAGUGCUUAACUUUACAAUGUAUAUUGACAGUUGUUUGAUAUAUCUAAUUAUUUAGGAUGUGUU